UGAUAAAAUCUUGACAGUUGCGAUAGCUGAUCAGAUGGAAAUAACUCGAAUUCCACGGACUGACUUAUAUACAGGGCAAGGUACUUGUUUGGAUUGUCAUCGUCCAGGGUUCGCAGGAUGUCAGCGCGGCAUCCUUCAGAUUCAUGCCAUGGUGGCAAGCAGGCAGGCAGACAGGCAGACUAGCAGCAAAAACAGGACGUAGGUGAAAUGGGGGCUGAAAGUUGUCUGUAAGCGGUCUGGAAGAGUGACAGUCCAACAAAUCCAACUACAGUUGUAAGUAAGUAAUGUUUGUAGGCAUGCCAAGAGCAUCCGAGACAGAAAUGUACUAGCGCAAGCGCGUUCAACGCGUCGCGUUGUAUCCACUUGGACAACCACUUUCAUCAUCUGCCCCAUGACGAAUCUACAAUCCUCCCAAUUCAAUGACCAGUUUUCCGUCCGACAUCCCCUCGUCGUAUGAUCCCGCCCUCCUAUCCGAAUCCGAUUUUCUUCUCAACGACGCCGCCCCACCGUCCGUCUCCCAUUCCGACGAGCUCGAAGCCAUCGCUCAGUGCGUCGCCGAAGACAAGGCAGAUAAGACCAGACGUGGAAUCGUGAUUCAGCAUCGUGUUUGGAAUAUCCACGAGGUAUUCAGGAGCGAAGAGGAUCACCCAAUUGAUACCCCAAUCAAACAAAACCACAGAAUCGCAAUCAAGCGUUUCCCAACCGACUGCUCCACCAACACCGACUUACCUUCGUCGCCGCCCCUCAUGCCGCUCAUCUCGUCACCCAUUGUUUACCCCGCAAGCUCAGCGCCGCAGCCACCAUCACCGUCACUCAAGAAGAGAAAGCGGUCUGACGCCGAUCGAAGCCCCCUAGGAGAUGUUUCAAAUCACAACACAAACAAGAGAGCAGGCGCAUUUCUGGACGAAUCGGAUGACGAGGAUGACCUCGCUCUGUUGAAUGAGCACGCUCUCAAGCGGAGAGCUAUCAACACCACUGCCCAAACCUUUCCCGACGACAUUCUCGACUAUACCCCACCAGCAAGCCAGGAUGGCCCCGUCGCUUUUCCCACGGAUACUAUCGAGACAGCUGCGGUUGAAUCCCACGCUGACAUUCAACAACCGACUUCUGCCCAGCCAUACAAAGGCUCAAUCGCCAGAACAGCGUCAGGGAAGCCUUUUUACAUACCAAAGAAAGUCAAAAAGGAUGCCGUCUCCUUUGAACAACUCAUUGCAUCACGAUCUACAGGCGCACAAGGACAUGCGAGACAAAGCUACUACGGCUUGAAUAUCCAUAAAUUGAUAGACGAGGCAAAGGCGACUGUCGAGGCGGAGAAUGCUCAACAGGAGUACAACGAAAUCCAUGUGCCGCAGAAGUCAGUCGAGCAGCCCACCUCUGCGAAGUCCAAUCGCACGCUCAUGUGGACUGAAAAAUACCGCGCCAAAAAGUUCACAGAUCUGGUUGGAGACGAGCGCACGCACCGCUCAGUGUUGCGAUGGUUGAAGGGAUGGGAUCCGAUCGUCUUCCCUGGCGUCAGCAAGCAGAAAGCGAAGGCUUUGAAAAGCGCUUAUGGCGACGAGGAGCAGAAACACCGCAAGAUUCUACUUUUGACUGGACCUCCUGGUCUUGGAAAAACGACUUUGGCGCAUGUAUGUGCUCGUCAGGCCGGUUAUGAGGUACAGGAGAUCAAUGCUUCCGACGAGCGUAGCAAGGAUGUGGUCAAAGGACGUAUCCGAGAUAUGGUGGGCACAGAGAAUGUACGAGGUAUCACGUCCUCAACAUCUGCUGGGAAAGUCAGGAAAGCGGGUAAGCCUGUAUGUGUUGUCGUGGACGAAGUAGAUGGAGUUGUCAGCGGCAGUGGAGGAGGUGGCGGCGGCGAAGGUGGCUUCGUCAAAGCCCUCAUUGACUUGAUUCACUUGGACGAAAGGAACUCAAAGAAUAUGGGACAACACUCAUCCGGAACAAAACGACAGAAAAAGGGCGAUCGAUUUCGCUUACUGCGGCCCCUCAUCCUCGUGUGCAACGAUGUGUAUCAUCCUUCGCUUCGACCGCUGCGACAAUCUUCACUUGCUGAAAUCAUACACAUCCGCAAGCCCGCUUUGAAUGCGGUGGUUUCAAGAGUACAAGACGUUUUCACACGCGAGGGUCUUCCCUGCGAUUCCGAUGCCGCACGCCGAUUGUGUGAAGCUACGUGGGGUGUUAGCACCAAGAAGGAAGGUGGUUCUGGGAGUGGCACUGGAGAGGGCGACAUUCGUGGUGUGAUGGUAGUCAGCGAAUGGGUUGCUAGUCGUUUCCGGAGUACGCUCGAUCCCAACAUCAAGGAUGUCCCACGUCUUACUCGACGCUGGAUCGAAGACAAUAUCACGAAUGAGCUCAACCAUGGCGGUGGAGCGGCGCGAAGUUUGGGGAGAGGUGGUGCAAAGGACGUUGUUGAACGUGUCUUCCGUGAAGGCGCCGGCUUUCCCAAACAAGCAGAAACGACAGAUGUGCAUACAGCGAGUGCGCGAGCGAAGCUUGGUGUUAUCGGCGUUGCCGAAGCUGCCAAACGAAGAGCUAUGAUGCGGCUCAGAGAGAUGGCAGACACGAGUGGUGAAAGUGACCGGAUCGUCACUGAUUGCUUCACUGUCUAUCCCGAGAAACCAUAUCAAGACGACACGCUACUCAGCAAGCCUAGCGCCGCUUAUGAGUGGUUACACUUCCAUGACUCAAUCUCCUCUGCCGUCCACGGCUCACAGGAAUGGGAGCUAGCACCCUACCUUUCACAAACCGUUCUAGCUUUCCACAGCCUAUUCGCAUCGCCAAGACAUCAGAACUCCAACCCUGUGGCCGACCCCGAUGCACAGACCUCUAUCUUUACAGGACCCAGUGCGAACUACAUGGCGUCGGAGCAGCUUAAAGCGAGCCGUGCCGCGCUCAUGGGUCUACAGUCUACACUUAGUCUGCCGCUUACCCGGCUAUUCCGGUCACCACAGGAACUUGCGAUCGAAUUUAUUCCAUAUAUCUUGCGCAUGCUAUCACCUGAUGUCAAACCAGUUCUAGUCAACACUGGCGCUACCGGGUCCAAAUCCGCUGCCACAGCAUCAGUCCGUAAAGCAAGUGAAAAGGAACUUGUUCGAAGGGCUGCUCAAGCCAUGGCCGCGACCGGUGUGCGGUUCGAAAGAAGUAGAGUCGAGUUUGAUGAUGGUACCAACCGCAACGGAGGCUGGGUACUGCGCAUGGAACCACCUCUCGACUCCUUGGGUGGAUUCGAUACGCUUACAGGAAAGAAGGAUGAGAAGGUGCGCUACGCAAUCCGUAGUGUCCUGGAAACGGAAUGGAAGAAAGAGAGUGCGAGGAUUGAUCAUGAAGCUGCCAAGCGCCGAGGUGGGCAAGUGGAUAACGCAGGCGUGGUGGAAGCAGCAAAAACUGUGGACGUUGAAAAGGUGGCCCAAGCAAGCAACAAGGCCGUGCCAAAGGACUUCUUCGGGCGCAUCAUUGUGCCGAAGACGACGCCUUUGGGUGAGGGUACGACAGCGAAAGCGUCGAAGGCGAAUGCGAAUGCGAGCAACGAUGAUAAUCGCAUCUGGGUCGGCUUCCACGAAGGGUUUUCCAACGCUGUCCGUAAACCGAUUACGCUGGACGAGCUUAUGAGAGGGCUAUAG